CUAGCGAGGAAGUGUGGGUUACACUACGGAAAGGAAAGUGAAAGAAUGUCAGCCUUGGCCACCUCCACCGCUGUAACUUCUAACGCUGCUCACCGGGGAAGUCUAUCCGCUCUCGUUCACCUCUGCAACACUCACCGGAUUAGUCGCUGCUCUCAACAGCCUCCAGUGGUAUUGUUUAGCAUUCAGUCGUCAUCGUUGCAUUUUAGGAUCAACCCAAUAAGGGCAAUGGCAGAGGCCGGGACGUUGUCGAAGGAGGAACAAUCUCGGUCUAUUGGUGUUGGCAACAGGCAAGCGUUGAUAUCAUUGUCGGACAAGCAGGACCUUGCUUUUCUUGGAAGUGGACUUCAGGGCUUAGGGUAUACUAUUGUUUCAACCGGAGGAACCGCAUCUGCUUUACAAGAAGCUGAGGUCUCUGUAACUAAAGUGGAAGAACUCACUCGUUUCCCAGAGAUGCUUGAUGGUCGUGUCAAAACUUUACAUCCUAACAUACAUGGGGGUAUUCUUGCUAGAAGGGACCAGAAGCAUCACAUUGAAGCCUUAAGUCAGCAUGGAAUUGGAACGUUUGAUGUAGUGGUUGUGAACUUGUAUCCUUUCUAUGAUAAAGUUUCUUCUGCUGGCGGAAUUACAUUCGAGGAUGGCAUUGAGAACAUUGAUAUUGGAGGUCCUGCCAUGAUCAGAGCUGCAGCAAAGAAUCACAAGGAUGUCUUGGUUGUUGUUGACUCAAACGACUAUCCUGCACUAUUGGAAUUUCUGAAAGGAAACCAAGAUGACCAUCAGUUCCGCAGAAAGCUUGCGUGGAAAGCAUUUCAACAUGUGGCUUCCUAUGAUUCUGCAGUCUCUGAGUGGCUAUGGAAGCAGACAGAGGGAGAAAAAUUUCCUCCCAGCUUUACGGUGCCUCUCUUGCUUAAAAGUUCACUUCGUUAUGGUGAAAAUCCACAUCAAAAAGCUGCAUUUUAUGUUGAUAAGAGCCUUUCUGAGGUUAAUGCUGGUGGGAUUGCAACUGCUAUACAGCAUCAUGGGAAGGAGAUGUCAUAUAAUAACUAUUUAGAUGCAGAUGCAGCAUGGAAUUGUGUAUCAGAGUUUAAAAACCCUACUUGUGUAAUUGUGAAGCAUACAAAUCCCUGUGGGGUAGCUUCGCGGGAUGAUAUUCGCGAAGCAUAUAGACUUGCUGUGAAAGCAGAUCCAGUGAGCGCAUUUGGUGGAAUAGUGGCCUUCAACAUAGAAGUUGAUGAGGUUCUUGCAAAGGAAAUCCGAGAGUUCAGAAGUCCCACUGACGGUGAAACACGAAUGUUUUAUGAAAUAGUGGUUGCACCUAAGUAUUCACAGAGAGGUCUUGAAAUCCUCCGGGGAAAGUCAAAAACUCUGAGGAUCCUUGAAGCAAAAAAGAACAAGAAAGGAAAACUUUCACUCAGACAAGUUGGUGGGGGUUGGUUAGCUCAGGAGUCAGAUGAUUUAACACCUCAAGAUAUACAAUUCAAUGCAGUAUCAGAAAAAGCACCACAAGAAAAUGAGCUUCGUGAUGCCGAGUUUGCAUGGCUCUGUGUUAAACAUGUCAAGAGCAAUGCUAUUGUAAUAGCUAAGAAUAACUGUAUGUUGGGGAUGGGGAGUGGGCAACCAAACCGUUUGGAGAGCCUCAGGAUAGCUUUGAAAAAAGCAGGAGAAGAUGUUAAAGGAGCUGCUUUGGCCAGUGAUGCUUUCUUUCCUUUUGCUUGGAAAGAUGCAGUGGAAGAAGCAUGUGAAAGUGGGAUAGGAGUUAUUGCAGAACCAGGAGGGAGCAUCAGAGAUGGGGAUGCUAUUGAUUGUUGCAACAAAUACGGAGUUUCACUCCUUUUCACCAAUGUGAGGCACUUCAGGCAUUGAUAGUGUUAC